AUGCUUGAAGAACAACAAAGCAUAGGAAUCGACAAUGGUAAUCAACAUCAUAAUACUGAACAAAUGUUUUCUGCUUUACAAAAAGUACAUGAACGAUGUCCGGAAAUCACAUAUAUUUACGAUUUAACAUUAAAAAGUGUAGAAGGACGACCAUUACGUGUUAUUGUAUUCUCUGAUAAUCCCACUGAACAUGAACUUCUCGAACCAGAAUUUAAAUACGUUGCAAAUAUGCAUGGGAAUGAAGUGGGAGGUAGAGAAAUGCUAAUAAAGUUAGCCGAAUAUUUGUGUAAUGAAUAUAAAUUUAACAAUAAUGAAACUAUCAAAAAAUUAGUGGACAAUACGAGAAUACAUUUGAUGCCUUCUAUGAAUCCUGACGGAUGGGAGUUCGCUGCUGCUUAUGCCUGGAAUACGACUGGGCAUCAACGUUUUCCAGACAUUGAAACAAUGUUAAAAGAAGAAGGUGCUACUAGUUGGAUGGCUGGACGUUCAAAUGCCAAUCGUGUCGAUCUUAAUAGAAAUUUUCCAGAUCUCGAUAAUUUUAUAUUUAAAUACGAUUAUUAUCCUCAUCAUCGAAAUAAUCAUUUGUAUGUUGAAACAAUUGCUCAGUUCAUAAAUGGCACUGAUUGUCGCAAUAAAGCAUUUCAAGUAGAAACAAUAACCGUUGCAUUUUGGAUUAUACACUCACCUUUUGUUUUAUCAGCCAAUUUACAUAAUGGUGCUCUGGUAGCAAGUUAUCCUUAUGAUGAUGAUGAAUUACACAUGAAAAUAUACUCACCAUCGCCAGAUGAUCAGGUGUUUCAACAAUUGGCUGAAUCAUAUUCAUUUUCACAUCCAAAAAUGAGUAAAUCUUUGCCAUUGUGCGCAAAUAGUACCAUUAAAUUUGAAGAUGGAAUAACAAACGGUGCAGCGUGGUAUCCACUUUGUGGUGGAAUGCAAGAUUUUAAUUAUUUGGCAAGUAAUUGUUUUGAGUUAACUAUUGAAAUGGGCUGUAAGAAAUUCCCUCCUGGAAAUUAUCUACCUCUUAUAUGGGAUGAUAAUAGGAAUGCAUUAAUUAAUUAUAUGUGGCAAACCCAUAUUGGAAUUAAAGGUUUAAUUUAUGAUGAUGAAAAUCAGCCGAUUUAUAACGCUACAAUAAAAGUGUUUGAAUUAGUCAAUAAUAAAUGGAAAUAUCUUGAUCAUGACGUUACAUCAGCUGAAGAUGGUGACUAUUGGAGAUUACUAGUGGAUGGAUCAUAUGCAAUACAAAUAAACAAACCAGGUUAUGAAACAAGUGUAAAAUAUGUUGAUGUGGAAAAUAAGAAACAUGCUGAAGCUCAACAAGUAAACUUUAUAUUAAAUCGUCGAAUGUCAGAUAAACAAUUAAAUAUUCGAGUUUUCUUAAAAAGGCUAAUGGAACAAUAUUAUUGUGUCACUGAAAAUUCAAUCAAAUAUCGAAACCGUGGUAAAGAACGUGAAAGUCUCCUUGAAAAACAACAACGAGAGGAGAAGGAACGCGAUAAGAACGCGAAUACAACAGUUUACAUGGCACAAAUUUCAACGGAAGAAUUAGAUUCACUUUUGGCUGACAUGCUAAUCAGUAAUAAAUCGUUUCCACUCCAUCAUGUCAUCAGUGGCGAAGAACCUGGCAUCGGUAUUGGUCGAGAAAGUGGAGAUAAUGAACAACAACAAGAAAAAUUUGUUGAACAAUUAAAUCAACGUUUAUACUAUGAUAGACAAAAACGAGCUCGUCCAAGAGAUUAUGCGACACUAUUGAGACAAUAUAAUAGUCCGAAGUAUACAUAUUCACCGACAAGAUCAGUUUAUUAUUACCAUAAUAUGGGACAAAAACAAACAGCACCAAUGACAACAACAAUAAAUCAAAGAUUUCCGGUUCCACAAAAAGUACCACCGCCUAGUCCAGCUCGAAAUCAUAAACUACCAUUAACGCCUAGAACAAAUUAUUGGCUCGGUUUAUAUCAGGCGUCACUUCAUUUGAAUGGAAGAGGAAAAGAUACAUUGUCCUCUAUAAAUUUGACAAAAACAACACGAGGUAGUGAUUGGUCAAUGAAUAACGAUAAUGAUAAUUCGCCUUCGAGAACAAAACAGUAUGCAUCAUUGCAGCGAAGAGGAGAAACAAAUAACGACUAUUCAGCAUUUUUCGAUCGGAAUUUGGCACCAUCGAACAAUUCAAAUCAUAAACUGAAAACAUUUAAUCGCCUACCGUUGGUGAAACAAAAAAGACAGAAGAAUAACAAUAACAGUUAUUAUAACGAUCAAUUACCAACUACAGUCAAGGCAAUUGUACAACCAGAGACCUUUGCUGAGUAUCAAACAUUAAUAGCUGAUAGAAAAAGAUUAUUAGAAAAUCGCACUAUCGAUAAGAAACAUCUAGUAGUAUCGCCAUGA